GUUCUAUCAAAUGUUUAGUGUGCGCCCAAUCAGAAGCGUCCUUAUGAUUUGGCUCGAGAGUUUGAAUCUGGUUGAUGGCUGCUUGUGGUGGAGGAGAAUGAGUUCUAUGUAGUGAGGCGGCUCUUGUCUAACGUGCCUCCCCAUAUACCGGCAUUUCCUCCAUUGAGCUCGCUACUGCUCGUACCAGGCUCUCUUCGAUCCUUCGGACCGAGUAUUAACACAAGAUGAAUGACAACAGCAUGCUGGCACCCGCUGCGGGAAAGAGUCUUCUAGCGGACUCCUCUGUGUUUGACUCUAAAAUCACAGAGACAUCCAAAGAUAACUUGUUUGCUGGCUCUGCAGAUAUUGACGAAGAAAUGCCCCAGAUUGAAACCAGAGUGGUUUUAGUUGAAGACGCUGGAAGAAACGACGAGUUAAUAAAAGCUCUAGAGACGGUAAAAGUAAUGGAAGUUCCAGUUAUAAAGAUAAAGGAAAACUGUCCUGAAAAAUCCAGGGAAUCUUUCAUAAAAAGUAUUGUUAAUAUGGAAAUCAAAGUACCCUGCAUCAAAACAGAUUCUGUUGAAGAGUUUGUAGAAGCAGACACUCCAGAAUUCGAAUCAGUGUUUGUUAUAUCAGACUUUCAGAAACCUGCUUAUCGAUUUCUUUACAAAGCUGACUGCAGAGUGCUUGGCCCCCCUAUUAUAAUUUAUUGUGCACAGAAAGGAGAGCCUUUGCCUUUUACAUCCCGACCUCUCUACUGUGCAAGUAUGCUAAAUCUCGUAUUGUGCUUCACUGGUUUCAGAAAGAAAGAAGAAUUGGUAAAACUAGUAACUUUGGUUCAUCACAUGGGAGGUACUAUAAGGAAAGACUUCAGUUCAAAGGUUACCCAUCUUAUUGCCAAUUCAACUCAUGGAGAUAAAUUUAGGGUUGCAGUUAGUCUUGGAACUCCUAUAAUGAAGGCUGACUGGAUUAUCCAAGCUUGGGAGAAAAGGAAUGAACUUGAAUUCAGUGCAACAAAUGAAGAGUUCAAAAGUAAAUUUAAGGUUCCUCCGUUCCAAGACUGCAUAUUAAGUUUUCUGGGUUUUUCUGAUGAAGACAGAGUCAGCAUGGAAGAAAUGACUGAAAUGCAAGGGGGAACAUUUUUAUCUGUUGGAGAUGAGAAAUGCACUCAUCUGGUUGUUGAAGAAAAUUCUGUGAAAGAGUUACCGUUUGAACCACCUAAGAAACUGUACGUGGUAAAGCAAGAGUGGUUUUGGGGAAGUAUCCAAAUGGAUGCCAGAGCAGGAGAAACAAUGUACCUGUUUGAAAAGAAUGAUAGUCCAGCUCUCAAAAAAUCUGUCUCUCUGCUCUCCUUGAAUACUCCAAGCAGCAACCGAAAAAAACGUCGCUUAAAAGAUACGCUUGCUCAAUUAACCAGGGAGACAGAUCUCACACCUUUUCCUCCUCGAAAACGUCCUUCAGCUGAACAUUCCCUUUCUAUAGGCUCACUGCUAGAUAUUUCAAAUACCCCUGAGUCGGGAAAAUCUUUUUCAGAUACACCAAAAAUUUCAAAGCCUUCAAAAAUAUCUACUCCUGUUCCUCAGCAAUCAGCAAGGUGGCAAGUUGCUAUGGAACUGUAUCAAACUGAGAGUAAUUAUGUUGACAUUCUAACUACAAUUGUACAGCUUUUUCAACUUCCGUUGGAGAAAGAGGGACAACUAGGAGGGCCAAUUCUUGCUCCAGAAGAGAUCAAAACAAUAUUUGGCAGUAUCCCAGAUAUUCUUGAUGUCCACACUAAUAUAAAGGGAGACCUGGAAAAACUUAUGAUUGACUGGGCCGAAAGUAAAAGUAUUGGGGAUAUUAUCCUCACCUAUUCUAAAGAUCUGGUGAAAAUAUAUCCACCUUUUGUCAACUUCUUUGAAAUGAGCAAGGAAAUGAUUAUAAAAUGUGAAAAGCAGAAACCGAGAUUUCACGCUUUUUUAAAGAUCAACCAGUCAAAGCCAGAAUGUGGACGACAAACUUUAGUCGAGCUCCUUAUCAGACCUGUUCAACGGUUACCAAGUGUUGCACUUCUUCUGAAUGAUCUCAAAAAGCACACAGCAGAUGAUAACCCAGACAAAGUAAUGUUGGAAAAAGCAAUUGAAUCAUUAAAAGAAGUCAUGAUGCACAUUAAUGAAGAUAAAAGGAAGACUGAAGGGCAAAAGCAGAUUUUUGAUGUCGUCUAUGAAGUGGAUGGAUGUCCUGCAAAUCUGUUAUCUUCCCACCGAAUUUUAGUGCAGCGUGUAGAAACAAUUGCACUUGGUGAAGAUCUUUGUGAUCGAGGAGAACAAGUUACACUUUUCCUGUUUAAUGAUUGCCUUGAGAUUGCAAGAAAACGGCAUAAGGGUAUAGGUGCAUUCAAGAGUCCUCAUGGUACAAGACCCCAAGCAUGCCUGAAACACAUAUAUUUAAUGCCUCUUUCACAAAUUAAAAAAGUUCUUGACAUCAAAGAAACUGAAGAAUGUCAUAAUGCAUUUGCAUUGGUAGUGCGACCUCCAACAGAACAGACAAACCAGUUAUUUAGUUUCCAGCUGACAACAGAGGAGCUUCCUAAGGUGGAUUGGCUGAAGAUGCUGUGCCGGCAUGUAGCCAACACCAUUUGUAAAGCAGAUGCUGAAAAUCUGAUUUAUUCUACUGACCCUGAUUCACUGGAAGUGAGCACAAAGGAUGUGGAUAGUACAUUAAGUAGAGCAUCAAGGGCCAUAAAGAAAACUUCUAAGAAAGUUACAAGAGCCUUUUCGUUCACCAAAACACCCAAGAGAGCUCUUCAAAGGGCCCUGAUGGUACAAAAUGCAGAUGGCCGAAGCCCUGGCCCAAGUAGUGAGGGUUUUGCAAGCUGCCGUAUGCCAAGCACCACAUCUCUGGCAAUAUCUCGUUCCUCCUCUACCUUCAGCAUUAAUGGACCAGGCAAACACCCUAGUGUUCAGCGAUCCAAUUCUCUUGAUGGGAGCCCUAGAUCCCGUCCUGUUCUUUGCCCAGGCUCCCCUAGCAGCCCCUUGACACAUUCUCUAAAAGGGGUAGCUAAUCAGUCCAGCCCUCCAUUAUCUCCUUUCAGUGGGAAGUUUUGCAAAACCCUUGUUGUUCCACAAACUAGAACAUCAGGGUGUGCAGGCCAAAGUCAACAGGGCGCCGACCCUCCCUGCGUCAAGAAAUCUUUGAGCAUGAAAAGGGAGACUGCGCUCUGAACUGCAUGAGGUUAUGUGAGCCUAAUCAUGUUCCUUCUCCGUCCUUGGUAAACCUGUCAUCAUUGUUUGAGAGGAAGUACCAUACAUUUAGCCGAUCGACGACUCACCUUAUAUGAAAGUGCUGAAAAGCUUCUAUCCCUGCAACUGACACAAGCAGCUGGCUGUUAAAAACUUAUUUCACCUCCAGCACGGUACUUAAUAGCACUUCAUAGAAAUAAAGAUGAAGAUUUUUUUUUCUUUAUAUAUAAUAAAGCUAGGCCCAAUGUGUAAUUGGCAUUGUUCCAUUGUGCUUUUCCAGUUGGAAUUCAUUUAUGUUAUAUAUGUGUAUGUUCUGUCGUAAUCUAUUAGUAAUUAUUUGUAAGUCAUAAAUAUAUAUGGAUCUUUAAAGGAAGUCAAUAGUUCAGUCAAUUCUUGACUAGAUUAAAACAGUUAAUGUGUAAGGACGGUUUGCUUUUCCAAGGCUAUUAUGAAAUUUUUGAUUUUCUUUUUGACGCUUGAAAUGUUAUUUCUUUCAAAAAACAAACAAAAUCCGAAGUCCUUUGAGGUAUAUUUUGCAGGAUGUGUCUGUUGAGAAUGUAUAAACAAAAAAAAAACCUCAUUCAGAUUAAAAAAAAAAGUACAAUUAGAAUCUCCACUAGUUUUACGUUUGCUUAUGUUUUAAUUUAUUUAUAGCCAGAGGAUUUGGUUUUUAAUGCAAGAAAAUUGUGGCAAUGAUUCUCAUUCUAGCGCUGAUAUACAUGUGGCUUUCUUUCUGCCUCUCCACACUACAUUUUUCUUGUAUAUUUAUUGGGAGAGUAAAAACUGUUGACAUAUCAAGGAAUGCAAACUGCUCAAUUUUAAAACGGUUUGUAUGUGUAAAAAGACAAAAAAAACUAUCUUGUUUGUAAAUAAAUUUGUAAAACCAA